UCGCUGGUCACAGUCCUGAUCAGGAGCGAAGCGAAGAGGAGCGGCUGAGUCUGGUCUCUGUGCCACGUGGGUGACGGUGAGUUGCCAGGCUCCACAAUGAAAGAAGACGUUCAGCGGCUGCUUGUUCAAUUCAAGGAUGAGGCUGGAGAAAUUCUUGGGACACCUUUUGAUGUUCCGGUUGACAUUACCACCGAUAAACUACAGCUUGUUUGUAAUGCUCUCUUGCCAAAGGAGGACCCAGUGCCUUUGUCUUUCUAUGUGAACGAAACAGAAAUACUAACCUCACUGGAGAAGACCCUGGAAACGCAGCCAGUGGAAACUGAGAAGGUUUUGGACAUCAUUUAUCAGCCACAGGCAGUGUUUCGUGUCCGAGCUGUGACACGCUGCACUAGUUCAUUGGAGGGACACUCAGAGGCCGUUAUUUCUGUGGCUUUCAGCCCCACGGGAAAGUAUCUUGCGAGUGGAUCAGGGGACACAACCGUGCGAUUCUGGGAUCUGUCAACAGAAACUCCACUAUUCACAGCCAAAGGGCAUACGCAUUGGGUACUAAGCAUAGCCUGGUCUCCAGAUGGGAAAAAGCUGGCGUCCGGUUGCAAAAAUAGUCAGAUAUUCUUGUGGGACCCCAGCACAGGCACCCAGAUCGGGAAAGCUCUAACAGGACACACCAAGUGGAUCACGUAUCUCUGUUGGGAACCUCUACACAUAAAUCCACAGUGUCGGUACCUAGUCAGUGCGUCCAAGGACUGCAGUAUCCGGAUCUGGGAUACCGUGCUGGGACGAAUUGAAAAAAUCCUCACUGGGCACACACAGUCUGUAACUUGUGUGAAGUGGGGGGGUGAUGGUCUCAUCUAUUCCUCGUCACAAGACAGGACCAUAAAAGUAUGGAAGGCUGAAGAUGGAAUUUUGUGUCGAACGCUGCAAGGCCAUGCUCACUGGGUUAACACAAUGGCACUCAGCACUGAUUACGUAUUGCGAACUGCAGCUUUUGAACCAGCUGAAGCUACGAUUGUUCCCAAGGACAACAAUGACCCAUUGGAAGAAUUAAAGAAGAAAGCUUUGCAGAGAUAUGACCAAGUACGGGGUGAGGGAGCAGAGAGACUAGUGUCAGGGUCAGAUGACUUCACCCUUUUUCUCUGGACACCUGCAGAGAAUAAGAAACCUCUCGCACGUAUGACAGGUCAUCAAGCUCUGAUAAACGAAGUCUGCUUCUCCCCUGACACCAGGCUCAUCGCCAGUGCAUCGUUCGACAAAUCGGUGAAACUCUGGGAUGGCAGAUCUGGAAAAUUCCUGGCUUCUCUGAGAGGCCACGUGUCGGCUGUGUACCAGAUUGCGUGGUCAGCCGAUAGUCGGCUUCUGGUGAGCGGGAGCAGUGAUAGCACCCUGAAGGUCUGGGAUGUGAAGAUGCAGAAACUGUUCUUCGAUCUUCCGGGUCACGCAGAUGAGGUAUACGCAGUGGAUUGGAGUCCUGAUGGGCAGAGAGUAGCGAGUGGAGGAAAAGACAAAGUGUUGAGAAUAUGGAGACGAUAAUAGCACAGUAAAUCCUCCAUUUGGAAGAAAGCUUAUUUUUACUUGGAAAAUCACCAUCCACACACUGCAAAAUGAGUUCCCUUCAGUAAAAGAAAACCCACAAUAAUGUACAGCAGUGAUGAGUCCAGAGCAGGAUAACUUCCUCAUUGUAAAAUGUAUUGUGUGUAAAAAUAUUGUAAAUUGCAGGACAGAUGGAUUAGAUUAUUGAAUGAUGCAAUUUAUGUUCUUUUUUU